UCCGAGGGGAGCCGCGCCCGGGGCGCACAUGAUGGCUACCUUGGUGGACGAGACCAUGGAGAGCUACGUGUAUCCCUCUUACAACCCUUACUCCUACCGCUAUCAGCCGCCGAAGGGCAAAGGGGGGGGAGGAGGAGGCGGAGGGGGCCCUUGGCGGCCGAGGGGCGGCUACUUCUCCGGCUACGGGGAGAGCGCGGCGGUGGCGGCGGCCGCGGCGGCGGCGGAAUACUUCGACAACUACCAGCGAGCGCAACUCAAAGCCAUCCUCUCUCAGGUGAAUCCCAACCUGACGCCGCGCCUGCGCAAAGCCAACACCAAGGAGGUGGGCGUGCAGGUGAACCCGCGGCAAGACGCCUCGGUGCAGUGCUCGCUGGGGCCGCGCCCGCUCCUCUUGCGCCGCCGAGGCGCCGAGCAAGAGCAAGGCAGCCCCGUCACCGGCAGCGCCCGGCCCGUGCGCUUCCCCAGGACCAUCGCGGUUUACUCGCCGGUGGCCUCCCGGCGCCUCGACGGCGGGGUCCAGGCCGCGGGGAAGCCCGCCUCCCACCCUCCGGAGGAAGGCGGGCAGAGUAAGACCCGGGUGCGCUUCCAGUUCCUCGAGCAGAAGUACGGUUAUUACCACUGCAAGGACUGCAAUAUCCGCUGGGAGAGUGCAUAUGUGUGGUGUGUACAGGGCACGAACAAGGUUUACUUUCGGCAGUUCUGUCGAACUUGCCAGAAGUCUUACAACCCCUACCGUGUGGAGGAUAUUACCUGCCAAAGUUGCAAGCAGACAAGGUGUACCUGCCCUGUGAAACUGCGUCAUGUUGAUCCUAAGAGACCCCAUCGCCAGGAUCUCUGUGGAAGAUGCAAAGGCAAACGUCUCUCAUGUGAUAGUACAUUUAGUUUCAAAUAUAUUAUUUGAGCAAGAUAAUAGUGAAAUAAUAUUCAAUAUAGAGUUGCAAGUAGCAGAAAUUUUGUUUGGAAAGAGCAGGCUGCAGAAAUUGAAAGCUUGCCAAUAAAACAACUUCAACUCUUAAUGCAACCUAAUAUCUACCUCAUUUGUUGUAAUUGUGUUAAGGAAGGGAAUCUGCUUGGCAUUCUGUGACAAAACUAGAUUUAAUUUUGGUAUGGAUACUUGGAAAGCAAGUUAAGUAAGAGAAAAUAUUUUUUGCAUUGGCAAAGUAAGGCUUAGAGCAUCCUUGUAUAGGAUGGACAAUGGCCACUAGUAUUCUUGCUUAUGGACAUGUGUAGUAUUGAAAUUAGUGCACUCCAUGGGAUCUAAAUGUGGUAAAUGCAACUGAACACAAGUUUCAUAGUGACAAUUACUCUACACAGGCAGGCAAAAUUAUGGGAAAUUAUUUUGUUCAUCAGAAUAUAAAUGUGGCUUAUAACCAUCACAUAAUAGAUAUAGGGGAAGCAACCACAAAUUGGCUAGGUCUAGAAGUUAUAUAGCAGAGCUACAUUGUCUCUUAGACUUGUUCGGCUGUAGUGUAUUCUUAGGUUGUUGGAUAAAAUGAGUUUAUCUGGAAUCCAUGCUGUAUGUGCCACUUUAGGUUCUUACAGAUUUAAUUGGGUGCACUAUUUCAAAAGCAUGUCUGUUUCGAGAUAGGAUGUUGUGAGAGUUAAAAUGAGUAAUGGCAGAUUAUCAUCCAAAUUUUGAGAUGUUAAGUUUUUGUCCUGAGCCAAGAUGGUGAAUGUAUCCAGAUAAACUUUAUUGAUUUCUUGAGUAAAUAUCUUUGCAUAUCAAUAAUAAACUGAUCAAGGUCAUUUGUCA